AGCAUUCUGUCGGAGCGUGCAGUCUGAAAAUGGCAAAUCAGAAAAGAAGCAGUGUGCUGCCAUUAUAAGGGUCAUCAAGACAGCCAUCAUCAUCAAGGACACCAUUACAGGGAGGCAUUUAUACUACAUCAUCAUCAUCAUCAUCAUCAUCUCCUCUCUGUGCCUUUAUCAUCAUCAUCAUCAUCAUCAUCAUCAACCCCUCAUCAUGAUCAGCACAGCCAUUAUAGUCAUCAUCAUUAUCAUUAGGCUGGGUAAUCAUCCACCGAGGGUUUCUUGCAAGCCCAAUAUAAAGGCCGACUCAGGGUUUCACACUCAUUUCCUCCGUGUGUGAGGAGAGAGUGUCAUGACCGAGAGAGAGGGCCAUGUUAUAGGCAGGCAGCGUAUUCUGUGCUUUCAGUAUUUGUUUCUUAUCAGGAAUCUGCAACAUCUUUUAACUCUAAUAUCAGUCUGCCGAGUUUCCAACUGGGGGACGAAGAAAGCUCUUCCUUCAGCCACCUCAGCAUGGAGAGCGACACCCACGACCUCCGCACUGCCGAGAACGAGCGAGAGGGUGCGAGACCAGAGCCUGCAUUCCCUCUCUAUGUCUCCUGCAGGGGCUGCGAUCAGCUCCUUGAUGAGGAUGAGCACUCGUGCCUGCGUUACUCGAAACGAGACGGAACCGGCAUCCACGUCGGAGCACAGGCUGUGCUCAAAGGGGCAGACGGAGAGGGAGCAGGACCUGAGAACUGCCAGCAGAAGCUGAACUCGUGUCCGCUGUGCGGUUUCUCCUCGCGUUACACCAACCACGUAAAGAGGCACAUGAAGACGCACAACGGCGAGAAGCCGUACCGCUGCUCGCUCUGCUCCUACGCCUCCGCACAGCUGGUCAACCUGCAGCGCCAUCUACGCAUCCACACAGGAGAGAAGCCCUACAAGUGCGAGCACUGCACAUUUGCCUGCAGUUCACUGGGCAACCUGAAGAGGCACCAGCGCAUGCACACGGUUGCGAAUCCUGCUCAGAAUGCACAACAGCGAAUGCACACUGCCCUGAAUAUAGGCCAAAAUACACACCAGAGUAUGCAAACCGGUGCAAAUCCUGUGCAGAAUACACAGCGGAUGAUGAGCAGCCUCAACCUUCGAGGUCCUGUCGGAUGCCAGGGCCUAAAAGAGGACCCUCCCCGUGCCUCGAGGGAAGUGCUUCAGUCGUCAGAAAUGAAGGGGAAUUUAAGUGUCGGCAGCGACGGCGGAUAUCUCAAGGCUUUUGCGAGGCUGAAGUCCGAGCAGCAGUCAUGCACCCGAGCACAGCCUGGCGUCCUGCCUCCUCUGCUCUUCCCUUUCACGUGCAGGCUGUGUGGCCUGGUACUGGACGGUGAGGACGGGUCAUCAGCGCAGAUCUGUGCCAAGUGCACUCUGGAAAUGCUGACUAAGGAUGCAGCAGGCAGCACCAGCGAGCGGGGACACCGAGGGGACAGGGUGUACACGUGUGCCGCCUGCCCCUUCCUCACACACUACCCCAACCACCUGGCCCGGCACAUGAAGACGCACAGCGGCGAGAAGCCCUAUAAGUGCCCACAGUGCCCGUACGCCUCAGCCCACUUCGACAACCUGAAGCGGCACCAUCGCGUGCACACGGGCGAAAAGCCCUACAAGUGCCACCUGUGCGACUACGCCUGCGGCAACCUGGCGAACCUAAAGCGGCACCAGCGGGUUCACUCGGGCGCCAAACCUUUCCAGUGCAGCGUGUGUAGCUACAGCUGCAACCAGAGCAUGAACCUAAAGAGGCAUAUGCUGCGUCAUACAGGCGAGAAGCCACACAAGUGCCACGCGUGCACGUACACUACAGGCCACUGGGACAACUACAAGCGGCACCAGAAGAAACACGUAGCAGGAACAGAAGAGUGGGACAAAGUGCCGCUGCCUGCCAACGAAGAAGAGGCAGAGAUGGAUGAGGAGGAGGAGGAGGAGUAACCUAGCAACAUGAACAAUUAUAGUACGACGAGGAGAUUAUUUAAAAUUGAAAUGAAACGUUACAGUACCAGCAUAAGCUUAGUUCUCGUCCCCCUUCCUUCGUGUCACGUUUCUCGAAUAGUCUCAAGCUGCUAAACAGACUUGUGCACAAAAUUGAAACUGUUUUUCAUUACCUUCGCGAAGGGUUGAAUGGGUGACUCGAGAGUGCCCUUGCUUCACCAGUGCCAUAGACAUUUUUGUUACGCUACCUAGACGAAACCCAGUCGUUUCUCCUUCAGUGUAAAUCUUGCACGGAUGUUCGUCGACCCACAGAGCCGUCCGGACUGGCUGUGGUUUCUCGGAGGCCUUUGCUGCUCAAACGGAUUAGUUGUAAACCUACACUCCACCCCUUUACAGUGCCAAAACUGAGUCCUAACCACUGCAGCUUCUAAUGUCAUUUUACGUACUCGCGAUGGUGUUGCUCCUUGUUCGUACGUCUCAACUGUGAACUUUUGUCCGAUGUUAAAUUAGCGCAUAGUAAACAUUUAGAACGUCAUGAUUUACGUAAAGCACUUAUUUUUGUAUGUAGUUUGUUCGUUAAAAGAAUGUCUGGCAUGCAUUUGCCAUCCGUGGCAUUAACUUAAAGAAAAGGGACCAUGAAUUUCAUAUGCAGUUUAUAACCUUCAGGUUGCCAAGAAAUGAUGGAUUCCUUUCGAUGUGUGGUGCUUAAGUGCUCUCUUGUAAUUAUGCAGUCGUUUCAUAAUUGCCUUAAAUAUCUUGGAAUAAAGUACCCUGUGGUGAGA